GACGGUAGCGGGACAGCGAACUACGAUCUACACAUCCUGGUUUUAAGAGACGUUCACAGGCUUCAGUAGGACAGCAAGACUAAGAAACAGAAGAUAAGCUUUUCUGCUGUAUUAUACUGAACAGUUUGGGAUAACUGGAUUUUAUCAUUAUGGGAGACAGCACUUGCAAUGGGACGCACACCAAAAAAGCGUUGCUGUCAGACCCUCAGCUGUUUGAAGCCCAGUUUCAGGAGCUGGUGACAGAGCUCACAGAAAGGGACCUCGCCGAUCCUGUGCUGGCUGACGCUCUCAACAGGUUGAGAGAGGUUUUGCUGUACAAUGCCCCUGGAGGAAAGAGGAACCGAGGCCUGUCUGUGAUUGGCUCACUGAGGGAGCUUCUCCCACCCUCUCAGCUCACCCAGGACAUUGUACAGCGGGCUCUGUUGGUUGGCUGGUGCAUUGAGUUGCUUCAGGCAUUUUUCCUCGUGGCAGAUGAUAUCAUGGAUGCAUCUGUGACUCGGAGAGGACAGCCCUGCUGGUACAAGAAGGAUGGAAUCGGUCUGGAGGCCAUCAAUGAUUCAUUUCUCUUAGAAGCGUCAAUCUACAGACUACUACGCAGACAUUGCAGGGACCAGCCGUACUACGUUCACCUACUGGAGCUGUUUACUGAGACAUCUUUCCAGACAGAGCUUGGCCAAGCUCUGGACCUCAUGACAGCCCCCCCUGGUCAGAUUGACCUCAACAGGUUCACAAUGGAGAGGUACAAAGCUAUUGUAAAAUACAAGACUGCCUUCUACUCUUUUUACCUCCCAGUGGCAGCUGCAAUGUACAUGGCAGGGAUCAACAGUGAAGAGGAACACAAUAAUGCCAAACACAUCUUGCUCGAGAUGGGAGAGUUUUUCCAAAUACAGGAUGACUACCUUGACUGUUAUGGUGACCCUGCUGUGACAGGAAAGAUUGGUACAGACAUCCAGGACAACAAAUGCAGCUGGCUGGUAGUGACAGCCAUGGAAAUCAUGACUCCAGAACAGAGAGCAGAGCUGGAGGCAUGUUACGGGCGCCACGAUGAAGCCAAGGUAGAAAAGGUCAAAGCGCUGUACAACACCCUGCAAAUGCCAACACUGUACCACAAAUAUGAAGAUGAGAGCUACCAGCGGCUACAGAAACUCAUCGCCUGUCACGCUCAAAACCUUCCUCACUUAGUCUUCCUCAACUUUGCCAAGAAAAUCUACAAGAGGAACAAGUGAGAGGGAAUGAUGAAUGAUUGGAAGUUAUACAAACAGUGUCAGGUGCAUCAGCCUGGUUCACUUUUGACUCUUAUCAUGAUGCACAAAUGAACACCUCUCGAGAUAAAGAGAGUUGGCCAGGGGCUCUCACCCAAACAGGACUGUGACAUUUCAAAGUCCUGCUGGCAGUUUCUUAGCUUUUCAGUGAUUUGUAGAUAUCUUUGAUGUCUUUUAAGUUCUAUUUAUUGAAGCCAGUGCAUAAUGUACAGUGUAACCAGUCAUUUAUACGAUAGGAUAAAUGACUCCGGAUGACUCCGGGCGGACUCACAUGUGGAUUGAUCUAGUUUUCAUGUUUAUCUGCUUUGGGGAAAUGCUUGGCAAGAUGAAGAUACACAUUAAAUAAUAUAGCAAAAUGGUUUAGUGAUGGAAGAAUAGAUUUAUUAACUGAUAAUAAACUAAAAGGGAUAGUACAGAUAUGACAGGAGAUGUAUCCUGACUACGGACAGAGGUUCAAGCCUGAUCAGCUGUGUUAAUUCCAUUUAUUUUUAUAUUGCUCCUGGAUGUUAUUGCUUUUAAUAAAA